AUGAUACUGAUUACAGGCUGUUGUCUUCUACUCUAUAGUCUUAUUUUACCAACACUGAUAUCGGCCUCUAAAUCAUGUAACUUAGCGGAGUUGCAACGACUGAACAAGCAUUUGAAAGUAGACACUGAGUCGCUGACCAAGUACCAAUGGAUCGCAGGCCAGUUGGAACGAAAUUGUCUAACAGCGGAACCAAAAAGCGAGGAUAUGACAGAUGUCAUCAGGCUAGCCAACCAGAUAUACUACAAGAUUGGGCUGAUACAGAUGUCUAAUGAUCAACACCUGAGGGCCAUUGACCUGUUCGAAAAAAUUGUCUCCAAUGAAACCUAUAAGGACUCCUUUGGAAAGCUUGCCGAGAAGAGGCUGCAAGAGCUUUACAUUGAUUUCGGUAUGUGGGGGAAAGUGCAUCAGAAAGAUGAACGUUAUUCAAAAUAUCUCUCGUUGAAUGAAACUAUUGGAAAGAAACUACAAUCCAGAGAUGUUUCUGUCGAGGAGGAUCUCUCAGAGCUACUUCGAAUUACGCCAUAUAAUAUAAACGUCCUAUCUACCCAUAUUGAUGUUCUUUUCCAUAAAUUGGCUGAAGAGAUUGACGUUUCGUUAGCAGCAUCUAUUAUUUUGGAUUAUGAAACUGUCCUUGACAAGCAUCUAGCCGUCUUAAGCCUAGACACAAGGCUUACCAUUCAUUAUGUUAUAUCAGUUUUACAAACUUUUGUGCUUAACUCUGAUGCGUCCUUUAAUCUAAGAAAGUGCUUAUCCAUUGAUAUGGAUAAUGAGAAAUGUAAACGUCUAAGUUUAACUAUCUCCAAAUUAAACAAAGUGAAUCCAUCCAAAAGACAAAUCCUAGAUCCAGCGAUAUAUGCUUUUGAGGAAGCAGGAUCUACGAACUGGGAUAAGACUAUAGAUUUUUAUCUAAAGGAUAAAAAGCCAUUUAUUGCUCAAAAAAAAGCUCUUAACAGAGAUAUUGCUUUCAAAAAUAAUUACUCAUUUUUGCAAGAAAUUAUCAAGCAAUUGAUUGUUGACGUUCAAGUAUUAAGACCUUUGACAGCAAAUUUAUUUGAGGAUCCAUCAAACACCGACAAUGUUGUCAAACCAAACUCCUACUUCCAUACUGACUACCUAGUCUAUAUUGACUCCAUCCUUUGUCAGGCUUCUACAACGAGUUUGGACGCCAAGAGAGCUAAAAUGGCUGCUCCAUUUUGCAAAACCGUUUUAAAACAAUCACUAACCCUAGAAACAUGGAAUUACUACCAGGAUGCGAAGUCUCAACAAAAACGUCUUCCUGAAACAAUAUUAGACGAUGUAUGGAACUCCAAUCCUCAUUUGGUAAUGUAUAUGAUAAAUUCAAUCUUGAACAAAAAUAAGUCUAAACCACAUUCUCAGCCCAAAAAACAGCUACUAGAUCAAAUAAACAAAUUUUUUCAAGACAAUGGCCUUUCCGAGUCAACCAAUCCAUACGUGAUAAAAAAUAUUCGUUUACUACAGAAACAACUACAAACUUAUAAAGAGCAAAAGCAUCGGAAUUUCAACCAGCAAUACUUCCAACAACAGCAACAGCAACAGCAACAGCAACGACACCAAGCGCCACCACCAGGAGUUAGCCAUAACCCUCAAAAGGAUUAUUACAAGAUUCUUGGAGUAGCACCUGGUGCUACUUCUAAAGAAAUAAGAAAAGCGUACCUGAAUCUGACCAAAAAAUAUCAUCCGGAUAAAAUAAAGGCAAAUCAUAAUGACAAAGAGGAAACCAUUCACGAAACCAUGUCCCAAAUCAAUGAGGCCUACGAAACGCUUAGUGAUGACGAUAAAAGGAAAGAUUAUGAUUUCUCCAGAUCCAAUCCUCGUCGAAACACAUUCGCCCAAGGACCUAGACAGAAUAACAUGUUUAAAAAUCCGGGAAAUGGAUUUCCGUUUGGAAACGGCUUUAAGAUGAAUUUUGGGUUCUGA